GCCCCGCCGUCCUCUCGCGAUAUCUGACUGGUUUCCCCGCAGUGGAGACGGUGUCCUUGAGGCGCUCGGUGAUGGGCUACUGGGACUCGGCCGAUGGCGAGCACUGUCCCAACAAAACAUGGGCCGCUACACAGGCUGGGGCAGGCCUCGGUCUCGUCGGCUCGGCCUAUCAUAUUGUUGCAUUGCCACCUAAAAGUGUUGUUGAGGCAGUGCGUACAGCAACCAAUGGCACCCUAACUAUGGCUGCACUUGGUGCAAUUUUUGGAGUAACAACCUGCCUUACUUCACAAAUAAGAGGAACAGAAGAUGAUCCAUUGAAUUAUUUCAUUGGAGGCUGUGCUUCAGGAAUCCUUCUUGGAGUGAGAACUCAUAGCUAUAUGACUGGUACCUCUGCCUGCCUUGGCCUUGGCACACUCGCAGCUCUCACAAAGAUGGGCAUGAUGGAAGGCUGGCGCUUAUCAGGACCUCCAAAACUUUGAAAGCAGCUGAAAACACCACAAGCCAUAGUAAUUGUAGUGUAUUGUGUCCAAUAAAACCAAAAUACUUCUGCCUCUGUGUCACUUCAAAGCAUAAUUGUAAACCUUAGCCACGUAUAUGUAUUGUGUUUUGCUACAGGACGUUGAAGGAGUGAAAGUAACUUUAAUAUUUCCAUUUUCAGCCUCUUUAGUUUUUUUUCUCUUGGGCAACUUGUGGCCUGCAUGAGGUGCUGAUAGGGAAAGAGAUCCAACAUAUUUGUGCUAGACACUGUGACUCUUGCAUGGUGGGCAAGUGGUUACGGCCCUAUUCAUGAGAUGUCCGUUUUUUAGCUUGUGGAACCCCACAGUUGCAUUCAUCAGUGAACAUUAGGCUUUUACUCGACACACCAGCAGAGCUUUUAACUAUCAUUGUGGAAAGUGAGUUGGUUUAACUGCUCCAUUUAAAAGGUGAAGGUAAUUAGUAAUCAUUAAAGAUUGUUUGUUUGAUUAAAGAGAUUGGACCCUUUUUUACAGUGUUUAUUUUGAUGCAAUUUGUUUUCUCCACAUGAAACCAGUAUUCUUACAGCUGUAAAACUUACAUCUAACAAAACAAUAUCUCUGACAUAAGCUAAUAAAAAGUCAAUUAUAA